AUGGGAAAUGAGACUUCGACGUUAGUUGAUGAGGUAGAGCAUAGGAAAGACAAUGAAGAUAUUGAAGACACUAGUGAGUGCUAUGGGUUUCGUAUUCUAGGCAUUCAAGAACAAUCACCUGCUUCAACAGUGGGUUUUGUCAGCUUCUUUGACUUUAUUCUGGAAGCAAAUGGCAUUCGUCUUGACACUCGUGAUGCAACCUUGCUGGAACUUAUUGCUCAUAGUGAAGAUCGCGCCAUGCAACUUCGAGUGUUUAAUGUCAAGUCACAAACGACGAGAGAAUUGUACUUGACACCUAGUCGUAACUGGCCUGGCAAAGGAUUACUGGGUGUAACCAUUCGCUUUGACUCGUAUGAAGGCGCAGAGGAUCAGUUGCUCCACGUGCUGAACGUGGCAGAAUCGUCACCGGCCAAGCGUGCAGGACUUCGAGCAGGCUCGGACUAUCUACUAGGCACACCAGAAUGUGUAUUUACGGAUGUAGAGGAUCUGCAUGAUGAGAUUAUGGAUGCAUUAAACGGGUCAUUCCAAUGUUUUGUAUACAACUCGCUUAAUGAUCAGGUUCGAGUUGUGUCAAUAGUGCCGACAGAGCGCUGGGGAGGUGACGGCUUACUAGGUGCUGAGGUUGGUCAUGGCUAUCUGCAUCGACUACCGUCUAUCUGUCGGGAUACUAUUGGUUCAUCAGUAGGUUUUGUCAAUCUGCCGAAGGAUAUCAAGGCUGCGACGGAUGCUUUUUUGAAUCCGCAGCGACGCAGUGAGGAUAGUCACGCAAAUAGCAACAGCCAUGAACCAGCCAAGGUCGUUACAAUGGAUAUGAGCGUACAAGACCAUUCAGCACAUGUUUCGCCACGUGACGCAAACAAACAGCAGACUGAUGUUGAGCAAACUAACCAGGAAGGAGAUGAUACCGUUUUUGAAGCAGCUAGCAAUGCAGAGAUUGCUCCACCAGCAAAGCCCCGAUAUGCAGCACUCAUGGAUCUUCAGUUUCCAAUCUCGACUGUUGCUGUACUUGCUGAUCCAUGA